AUGCCGAACAGCUACGGAUUGGACGAAAUCGACGGGCUAUUGAAUUUUCCAACAGCCAUUUUCGACGAUUGGUAUUCGGACGUUGACUAUCAGCAAGGCAUCACAAUCCCGUCAGCCGGGACGCUGCAUGGCAUGCAUUUCGUCAACGACCACCUCGACAGCCCGACCAAAUAUGACAGCGUGUCGCUGCCGGCAAGGGUUGAAAAUGGCUUUGAAUCGACAUCUGAUACGCCCAGUUUUCCGCUGUACCACUUACCCAUCGAGGCGUCCAAUCGAUUUCCGGGACCGGCGGGCACGCCAUCCUCCAGUCACGACACGCACUAUUUAUCCCCAAUCGAAAAUUAUGGUUCAGGGCCGUCUGCAAGCUACGAAACUUUGGGCUCUGUGGGAGAUGAGCACGGGUUUCCCGGGUUUGAGGCACAUCAGCCUCUGUGCUCCGGGGAGACAACCAACUACUACUCAGGCUUCCAAACGAACCAAGCAGAACCUUCCUCAUCUCACCCACCCGCCACGACGCCGUACGCAAAUCCGUACCCUACGAACGCUGUGGAGCCCUCAUCAGACUCCAACGAAACCAACGAAUCGGGACUGAAGAAGAAGAAAAGCAGCAGGGGGAGGAAGCCGAUCUACACCGGAACUCGAGCUCAGCAGAACAAGCAGAGUCGCGACAAGUCGAGAAAGAGGUUGAAGGAGAUCCACGCCGAGAUGGAAACCGACAUCAACCAACUUCCGGAAUUCCUCCGAUGGUUCCAGUCGGUGCACGCCCGAUUCGCAUACGCUUCACAAUAUAAAAAUAACGCAAUAAGCGCCUCAAAUGACGAUUCUCAAAAAGCUGGCGCCAUGCUGAAGCUUGUGGAGAAGCUCUGCGGCACCGGAUCGAAACUGAAUGAGCGGCACCAGAAAACGGGACGACGGGUGCAGAAGUCAAAAUCCCUGUCGCAGCCCCCGGCCGCGACACCGAAC